AUGCGGUCGCUGAACGCGUCCGCAUGCGCGGCGCUGCUGGAGCGCGUCCGCUGGGACGAGCCCGCCGGCCUGGCCAGCCUGGCCGUGCUCGCGCUCAUCGACGUGCUGGUCAUUGCUGGGAACUGUUUGGUGAUAGCGGCCGUCCUCUGCUCCUCCAAGUUGAGGAGUGUCACCAACCUCUUCAUAGUGUCCCUGGCUGUGGCUGACUUGUUGGUGGGAGUGGCUGUGUUGCCAUUCUCAGCCACCAGGGAAGUUUUUGAGGUAUGGAUCUUCGGCGACGUAUGGUGCUCAGUAUGGCUGGCCGUCGACGUUUGGAUGUGCACAGCUUCAAUCCUCAACCUGUGCGCUAUAUCCUUGGACCGCUACGUAGCAGUCACCCGACCAGUCAGCUACCCUAGCAUUAUGAGCAGGAAGAGAGCUAAGGCACUUAUAGCUGGGCUAUGGGUGCUGUCGUUUGUCAUCUGUUUCCCGCCUUUAGUCGGUUGGAAGGACAAAAAGACUGAAGAGUCAGAGAAAGACGGCUGGACCCCAAACCCUCCUUGCCCUUGGACUUGUGAGCUCACCAACGACGCCGGAUACGUAGUCUACUCGGCCCUGGGCUCAUUCUACAUACCCAUGUUCGUGAUGCUGUUCUUCUAUUGGAGAAUUUAUAAAGCUGCUGUCAGGACUACCAAGGCUAUUAACCAGGGAUUCAGGACUACUAAAGGCACAGGCAUGGGCAGCCGUUUUGAUGACAACCGUCUCACUCUAAGGAUACACAGAGGGAGGGGGUCAGCUAGACCUCACGGCUCUCCACUCUCAACGGCUUCUAACCAUUCCACCAGCACUUCUCUAAGCGCUUCCCCAGAGAGAUUGAGACGACAUUCCAGCGCGAGGCGAGCCCACGAGAAAGUCAAGAUCUCAGUCUCCUAUCCAUCAUCAGAACAAAUCUGUCCAGCAUUAGAAAAUUCCAGGUCUCCGAGUCGCUCACCCAGCCCUUCUCUCUACGCCGUCCAUUACGAACGAGACGGCAGAGAGUUGACUGAGAGUCGGCUGAGAGUCAGGCCUCAUCUGCUGUCGCCAGGAUUGUCGUAUGAGGAGUAUGAUGAUAAGCCUAGGACGACCAGGAGAAUGGGGAAGAGGAAUAUAAAAGCGCAGGUGAAGCGGUUUAGGAUGGAAACUAAAGCGGCGAAGACCCUCGGGAUAAUCGUGGGCGGCUUCGUCUUCUGCUGGCUGCCCUUCUUCAGCGUGUACGUGGUCAGGGCCUUCUGCGGAGAAUGCGUGACGCCCAUAGUCUUCUCCGUUCUCUUCUGGCUCGGCUACUGCAACUCUGCCAUCAACCCGCUCAUUUACGCUCUCUUUUCUAAAGAUUUCAGGUUCGCGUUCAAACGUAUAAUCUGCAAGUGCUUCUGCGGCGGCGAUGGAGGGCGCAGGGAGUCUGACGGGGAAGGUUCUAGAAGGGCUGCUAGACUGGCAGCAGCUCAGCAUUCCCACUCUUUGGAGGAACACGAUCAACCUGUCUCAACUGCUAGUGAAAGGUGACGUCAAGCCAUGCGGCGGCACAAUCCCCAGUUUCAAACGACCGUCGCAUGUGUCUAGCGAUGCGCUUACUGUGCGCGUAACGAUAACCGUUACGAAUAAACUGCUAUCUCGUUAUUGUGAAACUGUUGAAGUGUUAACACCGUUAUGAUAUAGGUAUUAAUAGCUAGACAGACAAGAAAUAGUACGUUUAUUAAAAUUAAUCAGAGCACAGUCUGAAUCAUGUAUAGUUGUCUAUAAAUAUGG